GCAUCAUACGUUGAGCGCUUUGAACGCCACACGGAGUGAUGAUCCAGCUGCUUCACGGAGGACAUGGACUCAAGUGACGGCCAACACUGAGACGUUACCCCGGGGUGGGGGAGACUCAAAGUGCGCUGGAACUUUCCUCCCCCGCCUCAAUGUGAGCCAUGUCCAAGAGUCUGAAUAGGAAGAAGAACCACUGGAGCAACAAAGUCCACGAAAGCGUCCUCGGCCGGACCGCGGAGGGGAAGCUGCUGGCUCCGCAGCUGAGGGGCGGUGCGGAGCAUGGACAGUUCCCGCUCGUGGGCGACCUUCCCCCCGGUGGAGCUCCGUGCCAAAGCGGAACCUUCCUCCUCCCGGGAGAGCUUCUGCUGGAGGUGAACGACACCCCGGUGGCAGGACUCACCAGCCGGGACGUGCAGGCGGUGGUGAAGCACAGCAAGGAGCCGGUGAGACUCAAGUGUGUCAAGCAAGGAGGCGUGAUUGACAAGGACCUGUGCCGCUACCUCAACCUGCGAUUCCAGAAAGGCUCAGUGGACCACGAGCUGCAGCAGAUCAUCCGGGACAACCUCUAUCUUCGCACCAUCCCCUGCACGACCAGGCAGCCCAAGGAAGGAGAGGUCCCGGGGGUGGAUUAUAAUUUUGUGACCGUUGAGAGGUUUCUGGAAUUGGAAAAAAGCGGCGCCUUGCUUGAGAGCGGAACCUAUGAAGAUAACUUUUACGGCACCCCCAAGCCUCCCGCCGAGCCCAGCAUUCCGCUGCUAAAUGUAACGGACCAGCUGCUGCCGGGCGCCAGACCCAGCUCCGAGGGCAAGCGCAAGCGGAACAAGUCGGUCAGCAACAUGGAGAAAGCCAGCAUUGAGCCGCCAGAGGACGAGGAGGAGGAGAGGCCUGUUGUCAACGGCAACGGCGUCGCCCUCACCCCAGAGGCAAGCGAACAUGACGACAAGAGUACUCUGGGGGAUGCUUUGCCCCCGCCCUGCAACAUGGCCGACGUCCCCACCGAGGCGCCCAAUGACCCGACCCAGUCCCCGAAAAUACUCCCCAAUUUGGAGGCAAACGACGAGUUGGGGCCGCUGCCGGACAACUGGGAGAUGGCAUACACGGAGAAAGGAGAAGUCUACUUCAUAGACCACAACACCAAGACCACGUCGUGGUUGGACCCGAGGCUCGCCAAGAAGGCAAAGCCGCCCGAGGAGUGCAAAGAGGAUGAGCUUCCAUAUGGUUGGGAGAAAAUUGACGACCCCAUUUAUGGCAGCUAUUACGUGGAUCAUAUAAAUAGAAGGACUCAGUUUGAGAACCCGGUUCUGGAGGCCAAGAGGAGAGUCCAGCAGCAGCAGCAGAUGCAAAGCCAGGGCCUGUCCUCACUUCCGCUGCCUGCCAUCUACAGAGUGGCAGAUGCCAGCCCCUGUGCCUCCCUUCCUAGAUCCUACCUGUCGCAGGUGGGGCUGGCUUUGCCACCGGAGCGGAGCCACAGCCUGGGCGAUCUCUCCUCCUCCUGCUCGCCGCCUAUUCUACGGCGGGCGGACUCACCGUUCGCCUCCGCCGACAUCUCCCCGCUGCGGCAUGUCCUCACCCGCCGGAUGAUCAUGAGCCCCCGGCGGCCGCCGCCUCCUCAUCUCCGCACUGCUGCCGCCUGCACGAUGGUGCUGGAGCGGCCCGGCCGUAGCCCGUCCCCACUGUGGCGUUUCGUCAAGAAGCCGCUGUUCACGCGCGACCCCACUCAGCUGAAAGGCAGCUUCUUGUCCACGGCACUCCAGAAGAGCAACAUGGGCUUUGGCUUCACUAUCAUCGGAGGCGACGAGCCCGACGAGUUCCUCCAGGUGAAGAGUGUCAUCCCCGACGGGCCGGCCGCCGCUGACGCAAAGAUGGCCACAGGUGACGUCAUUGUCUACAUCGACGACGUGUGCGUCCUGGGUACCACGCACGCCGAUGUGGUCAAACUGUUCCAGUCGGUGCCCAUCGGUCAAAGCGUGACGUUGGUUCUGUGUCGAGGUUACCCGCUGCCGUACGAGCCCGAAGAGAACACCACCAACAACACCACCACCAUCAUUUCCCCGUUGGGCAUCAUGGAGCAGCGCCCCCUGGUGGUGAACGGCCGCCCUGGCUACGACAACUACCUGGACUACAUUACCCGCACGGCCCGAUUCGCUCCGGACCCUGGCCAGGACCACGCCCAGCAGCUCCUCCCCCCUCACCCGGGCGACACCCACCUGGACGGAUCGCUUGCCUCCGCCGCCACGCCUCCUGACAGCGUCUCCAUGGCGUCGUCGGGGGCGACGCAAGGCGAGCUGCUGACUAUCACUAUGGUGAAGGGCGCGGACGGGUUCGGGUUCACCAUCGCGGACAGCCCCGCGGGCCAGCGGGUCAAGCAGAUUCUGGAGCCGCUCGGCUGCCCCGGAGUGAGCGAGGGCGACCUGAUCGUGGAGAUCAACAAGCAGGCGGUGCACGGAUUCACGCAUGCGCAGGUGGUGGAGCUGCUCAAGGAGUGUGCGGUUGGCGUCGAGACCUGUCUGCUGGUCCAGAGAGGGGGAUCAGGUCAUUAUUCACCCUGGAAGAGCUCCAAGCAGGUGUCGGAGCAGUGGGAAACCCAGCAGGGCCUGAGCAGCCCCGCUCAGACCGGCCUGUCAGCCUCUGUCAUUUCCAACAGCGCCCCCUACCCCCAGCAGCACCAACACCACCUCCUCCACAGACCCUCAGUGCCUUCGGACUCUGCCUCUGAGGCUCUGUCCAAGCAAGCAGACCUUUUUGCCGUGUAUGAGAAGUCCAAGGCGUUGUAUGAGAAACAAGCGGGCCCUCCGAGGACAACCUUCCCCGCCGACUCCUCCUCAGCCUCAGGGAGCGAGUACCAGGACAUGGAGGUCCACCUGCGGAGACAGAAGUCCGGGUUCGGGUUCAGGGUCCUGGGCGGGGAAGAGCCGGGGCAGCCUGUGAGUCCGGAGACACGUGAGAAGCAGAUAUUAAUCGGCGCCAUCAUCGAAAAGAGCCCGGCGGACCUGGACGGACGACUACGACCCGGCGACGAGCUCCUCUUUGUGGACGGCAUUCCCGUGGUGGGGAAGCCGCAUCGCUACGUCAUCGACCUGAUGCACGGAGCGGCACGCAACGGUCAGGUCAAUCUGGUCAUCAGGAGGAGGGUCCAGGCCACGGGCGACUCCUGCCAGGAGAACGGUCGCCAUUCGGGUUCGGCGUCCACGCAGCACAGUUCGCCGCGUAGCGACCUGACGUACGCCAACAGCACCGGGACCAUGCAGGCAGGGGUCUCUACCGACGCAAAUGCCCAACCGAGCGACGUCCUCAUCCACCGGAAAGAGAGCGAGGGCUUCGGCUUCGUCAUCAUCAGCUCACUCAACCGGCCCGAAGCGCCUGCCGCUAACCCGGUGCCACACAAGAUUGGACGCAUCAUCGAGGGAAGCCCGGCCGACCGCUGCGGGAAGCUAAAAGUGGGAGAUCGUAUCCUGGCGGUCAACAGUCAGUCCAUCGUCAGCAUGCCGCACGGAGACAUCGUCAAGCUGAUCAAGGAUGCCGGACUCAGCGUCACCUUGAGGAUCAUUCCACAGGAAGAGGUCAUCAACCCUCCUUCAGCUCCCACUUCUGAGAAGCAGAGCCCUUUGACACAGCAGCACAGCCCCAUGACGCAGCAGCCCGGCGCUGGCGGCCCCCUACAGCCCGGCCCGGGUGUUCAGACUCCUGAGUCCAAUGCCAAGUCCCACCAGAGUCCCGUCACCAAGCUGCCCGUCCCCCCGCCUCAGACCACCUAUGCCCAUGAGGGCAGUUACAGGUCAGAGGUCAAAGCCAGGCAGGACGUCAAACCGGACAUCCGACAGCCUCCCUUCACCGACUACCGCCAGCCGCCAGUGGACUACCGGCACCCUCCAGUGGCCGACUACCGAGCGCCGCCCACGUUGGACUACAGGCACCCACCGCUCUUGGACUAUCGGCCCCAGUUUGCCGUCCCGGACUACAGGAUACCGCCGGUUCAACUCUCCCAAGACUUUGACUUCUUCACGGUGGAGCUGGACAAGAGCGUCAAAGGCUUCGGGUUUAGCAUCCGAGGAGGUCGGGAGUACAAGAUGGACCUUUUUGUCCUCAGAUUGGCCGAGGACGGGCCGGCAGUCCGCAACGGGAGGAUGAGGGUCGGAGACCAGAUCAUUGAGAUCAACGGCGAGACCACCAGAGACAUGACGCACGGCCGCGCCAUCGAGCUGAUCAAGUCCGGGGGCCGGCGGGUGCGUCUCCUCCUGAAGAGGGGCACGGGCCAGGUGCCAGAGUACGACAAUAACACCUCAUGGGAUGCUCACCCUGCAGCCUCCCCAAGCCUGUCGGAAGUAGCCCCGCCUCCUGGCGGCCUUUCCACGACAUCGCCUUCAUCAUCCCACCCGGCCGAGCUGCGCCAGAGAGAUGAUCCCGUCAGGAGAUUCAUGGAGGAAGGAGGCAGGUCCGCCCCCGUGGGGCACAGGGCGCUGCCCCCUCCUGAGGGGGAGGGGCCUAAACACGCCACGUCUUUCAAACAUCUGCAUGCCAAUGGGAGCAGCAAGGAAGAGACGGAGCCCAGACCUAAAGCGAAGGACUCGGCAGAGACCUGGUCCGGUAAGAGCGGCGGUGGAGCGGCAAGGAAGUCCACCGUCUCUCCUGGACCCUGGAAGAUCCCGGGAUCGGACAAGCUGCCCAGCACUCUGCGAGCAGGAGCGUCCACGCUCAGCAGAUAACCCACUUUCCCCGCAUCAAAUCCACGUUUUAUUUAUCAGACUCUUCGCUAAAUUAUUUGACACCCACCACCUUAAAAAACUGGAGUCAUCUUCCUCGUUUGGAGACCAAACCACAGCCGAACUCCGAACCAAUCAGCACCUGUGGUUGGGCGUCAUGUAUGUGACGACAGCGUGGAUUGUGUUGUAGGACUACUGGACGUUGCCUUAAGGAGACCGCGUGGGCCCACAAUCAGAAGAAAUGUACAUAGGAGGAUGGAGGACGUGGCAGAGAGUGCCUUAGAGGGACUCCAUGUUCAAAGGCUGCUUUGAAGAUACUCAACUGUGGAAUACACUUGUUAUUUCACCACAGCUCCGUUAUUAUUUCUAAAAAAAAAAAAAAAAAAAAGCCUAACUUGGUUCUCCACGGAAGCAUCUUCAACGUUUUUAUACGCUGUCAUCGCGGUUGCUAUGGCGACGUGUCGGACCUGAAAGCACAACCCGGGACAGGACUUCUCUCUCGUCUUCGUCUGUUGGCCGCCAAAAACCAAAACGUGCACGUUGGCGUGCACAUGCGCGUGUAUGUAUGUGUGUGUUCGUGAGUGUGCGCGCGUGUGUGUGUGUAUGUGUGUGUUGAUUACACACGGCUCAGAAUCACUGUGUAGUGUAUAAAAUAGAAAAUUUAAAAAAAACGACCUAAGGGACUUCUCACGGUGGUCACCAAGUAUUUUUAUGAUGAAAUGCAGCACUAUAGAUAUAUUAACUUGUUUGUUUUUUUCAGAAAUAUUGUUUACUUGUAUGAUAAUCUGACAAAUAAAACAUUGACACGAAA